GAGGCAGAAUACUGUGUUCGUUGCGACGCUUGUCAUUUAUCGAUAGACGAAAGACAUACUACGAUCGAUUGUUUGUGUCGCGCGCGUUCAUGUCUCUCUCACUCUCUCUCGACUCGGAUACAAAAUGAACGGGUAAAAAGUGUGUAUCUUGAGCGGCAAUACGUCUUUUCCUUUACAAUUCAAGUCUAAGCUAAUCAAAAGUAAACAUAAUUUCUUUAUCUAAUAUUUUACAAAUUAAUAAUCGUCUGUUGUAGAGAAAAAAAAACCCGCGACUUGAUUUGUGUAUACGUGUUUGUGUGUGUGUGUUUUUUUUCUUCAUACGAAUAAAAGUUUAUUAUUUGCGUUGACGGUGAAACUGUGAUCAGUGCCACUUAGCAGGAGAUUUGUAACGGUGCCGUUCUUCGAGGCGGUUAUACGUGACGUCAAACCAUUAUUAUUUGUUAUUAAUGGCUUAUAAGGUAUGCCGCCACUUUCUUUGCGACUCGGAAAAAAUGAUGGCAAAAUAUUUGUUGCCUGUUUUGAUAGAUGUUUGGCCUACGAAUGGAUAAACGAAAAACAUGGAUUAUUACUCAAUCGCAAUUAAUAAUGAAAAGCCGGUUUUUUUUUGACACGCUACACUUAGCGCAUAUAAAAAAGUACUUACACGAUUAUAACAUAACACGCCCAAAAUGGCAAGCAUCAUUCCGAAAAUGUUUGUCCACGUGACCGGAUUUCCAAGCACCAGCAAUGAUAUGGCAAUUACAAAUAUACGCUUUGACGCCGAUGCAACGGCAUACGUCAGAGGCGUUACCAGCGACAAUAGACUAAACGCAAUGAUAUUUUGAAGCCAAUUCAAAACACCGUCAGCAAACAAUAACGCUAUCACUUUGUAGUCUCCAUUUACCUAGGAAUGUAAAUAAAAACAACAUCGAUCCGAUUAGUAAAAAUCAAAUAGACUCUGGAAUGGGAGUAAAAAUAGACAUUUGCUGGGUAGACUGUUUGGCGACAGUACACUUUUACUUUCGAUCAUGGAAAAUAGUUUCUUGGGACAAAUUUUUUGGAAAACUGAAUCAUUUUUAGCUUGAAUCAUUGGAGGUAUUGAUGGAUUAUUUGACGAUAGCUUCCAUUAUUCGAUUAAAAUUGAAUGAAAAUCAAUAAAACCGGUUCAAAAAUCCGUUGAAAUGAUCUUAGCUAAACUUUUUGCAUCAAAUUCUGAUUUUGCCAAUAAAUUUAAUUUUGAAAGCAAUGAAAUUCCCUGAAAAAAGCGCAUAAAAUUGACUUACAAUUGCUGGCUCGCGAAUAAUCCUAAAGAAAUCCAUGUAUAGCCAAACGGGAAGGAAAAGAAACAAUGCCAAGCGUCCAAGGAUGUGCAACAGUCGAAGGUGAUGAAUACCGGUGUCUUUCAGCACUUUUUUCGAGAAGAUAUUUUGCAUUGAGAAUCCAAGUGUGGCGGACAGUGCACAGAUCAAUCCAAUCAUAUCAAAGGAUAAUUCAGUCAUAGUUGCAAUUCCAACGCCGGCAAUGAUCGGUAUUAGGCUCAAGUACACCGAUGUUGAUUGUUUUUCUCUGAAGAAAAUCCGUGUCAAAAUCACUGUGAACAACGGCAUCGUCGCUUUAACUACAAAAAACAAAAUGGAAAUGGAAAAACAAAAACAAAUUAUUAAAUAAAAAUGUGUUUUUAUUGUGGAUGAAAUGCAAUAACAUGAUUUGGCAAUUGCGUCAUAAUGAGACGAAGAUUGAGCACACAAAAGAGAGAGCGAGCCGGAAUUUUUUUUCUUUUCUAAUUUGAUGUCGUAUUGCGUAGUGAUUAAUCACGUUACCUAGACAACAAAUGUCAAUUGCUGCAAAUGUACACGAAAGGCAGAAUGAUCCAUUCCAAUUGAUCUAGUUUUAAAUGAGAUAUCGUCAAUUUUAUCGGUUGCCAUUUUCACAAACAACAACAACAAAAAACAUAUUGGCUUUUGUUACGGAUAUGGCGAACGAAGUGAGUGAACGAAAAUAAAAUAAAAAUCAGGCAACAAAUGCUGUGUAUUGUUUAGCCGUAACACACAUUAAAAUGCAAAUAAACACACACGGACGACGAGAAGAAAACGGGAGAAAAAAACGUGGACGAAGUCAUUCAUUAUUUUGAUUUAGCAAGCACACACAUAUGUGUGUUUGACGCAUGGUUUGGUUUGCACGAUUAGCGCGGUACGGCGGUCACUGUUAAUUACAAAGUAAAAGUGAAAGUAGUGGAAUAAUAAAAGAGGAAUCAUAGCGCAAAAAAGAUGUUUGUCGAAGGGGCGAAUGGCGUUCGUCCGAUCGGUGACGGUCUAUUAGAAGUGUCUGAUGCAAGCUUAAGUAAAUUGAUUGCAAGCGGUGAUAUCAAUGAAAUUUACGAUGUGGAACACACACCAUUUGCAAGGGGCAAAUUCGCAACGGUUCGUCGUGCGAUGCAUAAACAGACCGGUGUUAGUUUUGCAGCCAAAUUUCUGAGGCGCAGGCGCCGUGCACAAUGCACACUGAAAGAGAUUCGACACGAGAUUGCGAUAUUGUUAUUGUGCGCCGAUUCUGAGCACAUUGUCAAAUUGCAUUCGGUACACGAGACAAAUGUGGAAACUGCCCUGGUACUCGAGAUGGCCACCGGUGGCGAGCUACAGACAUUACUCGACGAAGCCGGCUCGUUGAACGGACACCAAACAAUAAUUUGCAUGCAAGAAGUGUUAAAAGCACUUCAAUUUUUACACAAAAAAUGUAUCGCUCAUUUGGAUUUGAAACCGCAAAACAUUCUGUUAUGUGGCAAGCGAGUUGAAGAUGGCCUCAAAUUAUGCGAUUUCGGCAUAUCGAGAAUCGUUGAAGAAACCGGUAGUAAAGUUCGAGAGAUAUUAGGUACACCAGAUUACGUAGCGCCAGAGGUACUUUCAUACGAACCUUUGUCUCUCAAAACUGAUAUCUGGUCGGUUGGCGUGCUCGCCUAUGUGCUGCUCAGUGGAUUCAGCCCGUUUGGUGGUGAUUCAAAGCAAGAAACAUUUUUGAACAUAUCACAAUGUAAUCUUAACUUUCCGGAUGACCUAUUCCAAGACGUUUCGGAGGAUGCAACUGAUUUUAUUAAGAGCGCUUUACAAGUCGCCGCCGAGGAUCGGAUGUCGGCUGUUGAGUGCCUUGAACAUAAAUGGUUAAGCGAAUCAAGUCAACCGUUGAAAUGCUCCACAAAAGACAAUACAACAACAACAGCAACAGCAACGGCAACGACGAAAAACGUUAUAGCAACCGAUAGCAGAGCGGAAAAUUACACCGUCGAACAUAAAUUGGAAUCGAAUAAAUCGCGUGAAAACGAUAGUGUGAAUAGUGUAGCGAUUGCUGUUACAGCAGCCACAUCUCCACCAAAAGCCAGUGCUGGAUUUUUUCUACAUCAAACUCCAAAAAAUGGAACAGCAUUAGACGAAGUGCUGUUUAGUAGCUUAAAUAAUGGUUUCAAUACGACUGCCAAUACAAAUGCUUCCAAAACAAAUGGUAUCGACCACCACCACCACCACCACCAUCACCACCGCAGCCACCAUCACCAUCAGCACCAUAAUUAUUCGCAACAGCAUCAUAAUCAUCAUCAUCAUCACCAUAACAAUCAUUCGGCUGAAUGUCCGAAACAAAAUGUGAACAAUAAUAGCUGUAAUAUCAAUUCAAAUGACACAAGCGAUUUGCUCAAAGACUAUGCGACAAACAAAGAGAACAUUAACCUAAGUAAAAUCCUAGCAAAUCGAAUGGCACCGCUACAAAAUCAAUCAUCAUCAUCAGCAGCAGCAGCAGUAGCCAAUCAAAUAAUCAGCAAUCUAACGACAAUACACAAUAAUAACAGUUCGAAUAACAGUAACAAUUCGACGACAAUGACAUAUGCCGAUGAUUCAUCGAACAACAGUGCUCCCACCACCAAUAACAUAUCAUCCAUGUUAACAACAGUACAACAGACGAUGACAAUGCCAGCCCAAAAUGCCACCGUCGCCGCUGCCACCGUUCAGACAAAACACGAGAGUGUUCUGUUUCCCGAUGCGCCGACCACACCAAAAGUUCUGCGCAAAUCAAAUCAAUCGGAUUCGGAUACACCGUCUUGUGUUGCACUCGUCAAGCAAUUUCAAUUGAACAAUGGCAGUCUGUCGAGCCAUCGCAUCGAUGAGAUCAGCGUAUCGGAUGGGCCCGUUUACACACAAUCAUCGCCAAAUCGUAGUAAAUUCACCAGUCUCAGUUCCACCAAUGACAAUCAUCAUGGCCAACGUGAAAUUCUUCCAUCGUAUCGUUUAUCAGCGACCGCAAUCACCACCUCAACCACAAAUGGCCAUCAUUCGCUGAGCUCGUCAACAUUAAGCAUUAAUACAUUGACCGAAUCAUCAGUGGGUGUUGCACAACAGCACAGCAACAGUACAAUCACAAUGAAUUGCUUAUGCGGUGCGGACAAGACUGCAAAUUGUUGCUGUAAUAGCAGUAGUCGAGCGGCCCUGAACUACCGUAAAAAAUCGCUUGCCGUUGUUGACAGUUCGAUACUCUGCUAGCUACGACUGAUGGUGCAGCGGUGUUUUAGCUGCACCACGUGUCAUCAAUGACAAUCAACUAAAUCAACUAGUGUGUAAAAAAUGAAUGAAACAAAGCUAAACAAAUACAAUUUAUAUUAGAAUGGCGUUUAGUUCGAUGAACAACUGAGAUGAAGAGCAGCAAAAAGAAGAACAAAAAACGAAAAGAAUUGUGAAAUUAUCGCACCGAAUAUUCGACCAACUCGAAGCAAAUAUAUUUCAAUUGCGUAUUUUAUGUCUCUUGUAAUAGCCUAAUUGUUAUUGAAAAAAAAAGAAAAAAAAAAUAGUAAUAUUGAAAUAUUGUAGUAGAUCAUCGAAGAAAAAAGUAAUAUUGUUGAAAACGAGAUAUAGAAGCAUAUUGCAAAUCGUCUAAAUUAUUGAAAUAAUACGAAACGUUACAAACAGAAAAUAAAAAAAAAACUUUUUUCCUAUUGCACAUGGGAAUUCUCUUAUUAUAUACAUAUAUAAAUAAAUAUCAUUAUUAUUAGCAUUUUUUCCACUUUA